AAGCACACGGACACCAACUUCGUAUACCAUCAUCCUAUUCCUGCUCCAUAAAACACUGCUCUCCACUCUCCUCUGCUCAUUUUGUGGCCGAAAGAGUGACCAAAUUCAGAGGAGAGAGAAACUGAGUUCAGUGAUAGCAACAACAAUGGCGGCCACCAGAGUGAUAACUGCGGCAACAAACACUACUUCUUCCUUAAUCUUCAAACGCCCUAUUUCAUCCCAGUUUUCUAAGAAAUCAUCAAAUUUUAUCUCUCUUUCUUUCAAUCCCACUCUCUCUAAGCGUCUAUUCACUUGCCGAGCUAUCUAUAGACCUCAAGAUGUUGUUUCUAAAGAUCAAGGACAGCCUGAAACCCUUGAUUAUCGUGUCUUCUUCGUCGAUAAUUCCGGCAAGAAGGUUUCCCCUUGGCAUGAUAUCCCCUUGCAUCUGGGAGAUGGUGUUUUUAAUUUUGUGGUUGAAAUACCAAAAGAGUCAAGUGCCAAGAUGGAGGUUGCCACUGAUGAGCUUUACACUCCCAUUAAGCAGGAUACCAAGAAAGGAAAACUUCGAUAUUACCCGUACAAUAUAAAUUGGAAUUAUGGCUUAUUGCCCCAAACAUGGGAAGACCCUUCCCUUGCCAACUCUGAAGUAGAAGGUGCAUUCGGAGACAAUGAUCCAGUCGACGUUGUUGAAAUCGGUGAGAAGCAGCGGAAGAUUGGAGAGAUUCUGAAAAUCAAACCUUUAGCUGCUUUGGCUAUGAUUGAUGAGGGUGAACUUGACUGGAAAAUCAUUGCAAUUGCUCUAGAUGAUCCCAAAGCUUCCCUUGUGAAUGACAUUGAGGACGUGGAGAAGCAUUUCCCCGGAACUCUUACAGCAAUUAGGGACUGGUUUAGAGAUUACAAGAUCCCGGAUGGAAAACCAGCUAAUAGAUUUGGUCUUGGAAACAAGGCAGCAAGCAAGGAUUAUGCUCUAAAGGUGAUCACUGAGACUAAUGAAUCUUGGGCUAAACUCGUCAAGCGUAACAUCGAUGCUGGGGAGCUUUCCCUGGUGUGAGGCUAUGUAUUCAUCAAGAUGUCUGCAUUUUUUGCUUGUACUCGAUAGAGUUUUCUGCUCUUCUGGGUUCUUGCUGGUAUUAAUUUGAAACAUUAGAUUUUUGGAUUGAAAUUUUUAUUUCCUUGUAUUUUUUUUUUAAGAAAAAAAUCUUGUAUCUUGAUUCUUGGAAAAAUUAGUUAUUAGUGGAAUGGAAAUAAGGUUCCAGUGAAUUUCUUCA